CCGGGUGAACUUCUCCAUGGCGUGCCGACGCGAACUUCACCGGCGUGGUUCUCGCCGAAAGCCUCUGGCUGCGCUGACGAUGGCUGGUGGACUCUGGAGAUGCUUCACAGGCGCUUCCAGACCGAGCCAAACGGCGUGGGAGUGGUGGGAGUCCUUGGGGAAUCCCAAAUGGGUUUGCAGCCCUAUGAUUGACCAAUCUGAGCGGGCCUUUCGAAUCUUGUGCCGCAGGCAUGGCGUGCAUCUUUGCUACACCCCGAUGCUCCAUGCGGAACCUUUUGCCUCGGAUGAGACUUAUCGCACAACCUACUUUGAUGCCUGGAAGGUUGAGGAGCUGGAUCGGCCCCUGAUCGCCCAACUGGGUGGCGACCAUCCUCAAACGGUGCUACGUGCGGCCAAGAUCCUAGAGCCUCACGUGGAGGCCGUGGAUCUCAACUUCGGCUGUCCGACCGAGGAUGCGCGGAAAGGUGGCCAUGCCAGCCACUCCCCACGCUGCCGCCGCUAUGGUGCUUGGUUGCUAGACGAUGUGCCACAAGUCACGCGCUUAGUGCGGACCUUGGCGCGAAACUUACAAGUGCCGGUGACGGCGAAGAUCCGCCUCUUGGAGAACCGGCGCCGCUCGGUCGACCUGGCCUUGGCCAUCCAGGAGAGCGGUGCAUCAGCGCUCACCGUGCAUGGCCGCACGCGGCAGCAGCGGCCGAAGUACGCCGAGAAGCACGGCAUUGAGUGCCUGGCUCCUGACUGGGAGACGAUUGGGGCCAUCGCCCAGACUCUCAGCAUUCCGGUGAUUGCCAACGGAGGUAUCGAGACGAGGCAGGACGCGGAGCGGUGCUUGGCGGUGACGCAUGCGGCGGCGGUCAUGUCGGCGGAGGCCUUGCUGGAGCAGCCGGACCUCUUCGUGGAGACCGAGGCGCUGGCUGGGAGGGUCGACGGAAGCGACGGAUCGACGGAUGCGAGAGUGAGGAGGAUGGAGGAGUCUGUGGAGGAGCUGCCCAUCCCGCGGAUGUUUCGCCUCGCGCGGGAGUUUCUGGAGCUGGCCCAGCGCUACCCAUCUCCCUUGAAGUAUCCACCCACGAAGUCGCACCUCUUCAAGAUUCUCCACCGGCUCAUUGAUGUGGAUCAAGCCAUGUGCCGCCGCAAGGCGGCCAGUGGCCAACAGCUCACGCUCAAGGAGGAACUGAAGCUCAAGCUGAUGUGCUGUCCAGUCACAGACUUUGAUGCCAUCCACCAGGCUCUGGAUUAUUUGGAGGCGCAUGCGGAUGAGCAGCUGCUGGGGGACACUUGGUACCGGCGGUGGCGACCAAACAGCGAUGUGAUGCAGAGCCGCGUGCGGCGGAUCAUGGGAUGUUGGUGAACCUUGUUGAGGAUUUUCAUGGUGAAGAAAGAACCGGAGCAUUCAGGCCGAAACAGGCAGAAACUAUCGUAGAUGAGAGAAAGAUAAAGCAUCGGGGUUGUGGC